AUGCAGGAUUCUGUUAGAGGCCUAUCAAGGGCUAGUCUAUACUAUUCCGGUCAGCCUGGUGGUUCGCAGGACAGAGCUCCAUAUUAUGGUGGUUAUUCGACUUUCUCAGCUUUUGUUAAGCGUCCGACGCUAGAUCUCGAAUGCUUUGAGUGUGGUAAAACGGGGCAUUUCAAGAGAAAUUAUCCCAGACUUAGGCAAGGUGGCCAGGGUACUCAGUUUCAGACUCCUAGAGCUCCAGCAUCAAGUCGAGAGGGAGGAUCUUAUGGUAGUAACCGUUCUCAGUCUGGGCGUGGCGGUCACACAACUGGUAGAGGUGGUACCCAGCCUAACAGAGGCGAGUUUCGGUCUAGUAGAGGUAGAUAUCAGCCCGACAAAGUGGAGCUCUGA